AUGGAGAUUGAUGUUAGAUCAGUUGAUUUUGAUCCGAAAUUGGCCGAAAUUGGAAUUCUUUACAAGUUUAUCAGUUUUCAAUCUUUUGAUGGAUUUUUCAAACCGACUGCAGAGUUAUCGGAAUUCUUUUCAAAGGGAAAUGACAAGAAUUUAUUUCAAAAUAAGGAUCAAGAUUCUGUCUGGUCUACUUGUAUUGCUUUGGCUUAUCUUGAGAGUGUAAUGAAAGCUUUCACGGAAGAGUGGGAAUUGUGUCAUGAAAAAGCUCAGACUGCAUUAAAUGAAUCGAGUGGGUACGAUUCUGGCGUUAUCGAGAAAAUGCUGCAAGAUGCGAGAAA